GUCUGUCGUUCACGUGCGGCGCCUCCUCAAGACAUCAGGCGAGCGAGAAAAAAAAAAAAAAAAAAGUCUAGACUUCUGGGAGAAUGUGAACCACAACUCUCGUUGUUGUUGUCCUCGAUUAUAUAAUUGGGAAAGAUGGCGAGUUUUCUUAUGAACAGGUCGGCUGUUUUGCUCGGAUUUCUGCUGUGCGCGAUCGGCUGCGUCAAAGCGCAGCCCGCGGGGGACGCGGAGGACACAAGGGGGUCCUGCCAAGGUGCCUUCGACUUAUACUUCGUCCUCGACAAGUCUGGCAGUGUUAGAUACCAUUGGACAGAAAUCUACUCCUUUGUGGAACAGCUGGCCAUGAAGUUCAUUAGCCCAAUGCUGAGAAUGUCCUUCAUUGUUUUCUCUUCGGAGGGAAUGACAGUCAUGAGACUUACUGAAAACAGGACUGACAUAAGGAAAGGGCUGGACUUUCUGAAGAGAGAAGUGCCAGGAGGAGACACCAAUAUGCAUCUCGGGCUGCAAAGGGCAAGUGAGCAAAUUUAUCAGGAAAACCACGGGAUGGCGAGUGUUAUCAUUACAUUGACGGAUGGGGAACUAAAUGAACAGCAGUUCACCAUGGCACAGCGAGAGGCAGAGAGGGCGCGCUCCUUUGGUGCCAUGGUGUACUGUGUAGGAGUGAAAGACUUUAAAGAGACACAGCUAGCCACUAUCGCCGACUCCAUCGAGCAUGUUUUUCCAGUGAAGAGUGGAUUCCAAGCCCUGAGGGGGAUCAUUGACUCGAUCAUCAAGAAAUCCUGCAUUGAGAUUCUAGCAGCUGAACCAGGAAGUGUCUGUGCAGGAGAGUCCUUCCAGGUGGUGGUGCGAGGGAAUGGGUUCUUACAUGCCAGGAAUAUCAACCAGGUCAUGUGUAGCUUUAAAGUGAAUGACACCACAAUAAUCAAUGAGAGACCUACAGGUAUUGAAGAUACAUACUUACUCUGCCCUGCACCAGUGAUACAGGAAGCUGGGAAGGUUGUCUAUCUGCAAGUCAGCAUGAAUGGAGGUCUUAGCUACAUCACAAGCUCAGUGCACAUUACCAGCACUGCAUGCUCUGAUGGCACCAUCCUCCUAAUCAGCUUACUAGUUAUCCUCCCGUUGUUGGCCCUCCUGCUGACGUGGUGGUUCUGGCCACUGUGCUGCACUGUGGUUGUCAAGGAUCCCCCUCCUCCCCCUCCUCUAAUACCACAGUCUGACGAUGAGGCUGGAACACCAAGGAAGAAGUGGCCUACAGUGGAUGCUUCCUACUACGGAGGGCGAGGAGUUGGAGGCAUCAAAAGGAUGGAGGUUCACUGGGGAGAAAAGGGAUCUACGGAGGAGGGGGCCAAACUAGAAAAACCUAAGAAUGCUGUGGUCACAUUGCCUGAGGAGGAGUUUGAGCUGUAUAGUCCUAAGAUCCAGCUCCAGUCCAACCAGAGUCCCACUCAGCAGAGGAAGUGGUACACAUCUAUCCAGGGCAAGCUGGAUGCUCUCUGGGGUUUAUUUCGCCAUGGAUAUGACCAAGUGUCUCUCAUGAGGCCACAGCCUGGAGAACAGGUCAGAUGCAUCAACUUCACAAGGGUGAAACAAGAGGUAGAACAUCCUCCUCCACCUCCCCCACUCUACCGACCUUUGAUCCAGCCCACUACAGGCCCCCCACAGACACGCCUGCCAUCACGAGAACCCUCCAUGAACCGGCGACCCUCUGGACCCCCUCCAGCACGAAUAGCACACAGACCCCCUCCCUUACGACCCCCGCCUUGCCCCAAGCACCGGCAGUCAGAACAAGGAACCCCACGACAAGGUGCACAUGUGUCCAAAAAAGUCUCCUUUAAAGAGACCAACUAUAAUAUGUACUGAAGGUUGGGCUUCAGUCUUAACAAGAGAUAAGAUUUGUGGCUGGACAGCAAGAAAAAUAAUGCAAAGAUAACUACUGAGUAUAAGAAUAAGGUUAAUAUAAGUUUACUGAAAGGAGCCUUAACAUAAAUGUUAAUUCAUUCAAAUCUGAUCACUUGGCUCCCUAUGACUGUUUUUUACUGGUUCUCAUUUCACAUAAUCACAAUUUUCUGCAUUAUGGUGGCCUUAUUGCCUGCAGACACAUUUAUUUUAAAAGUGAUCAUGAAGUUUGUCAUGAACUACCACUUUUGUUUAAGGGAAACAUGUAAAUAAA